AUGCAGCGGGUUUCCAAAUCCAGGAGGAAGCCGGGAGCUGCUGGACCACGAGGUGCUCCCGCCUCGGGGCUGGCCAACCGCGGUGCUACCGAAAAUAAUUCCUUGCCGGGAAAGCGAGGGAAGAAACGGAGGGAAAAAGAGGGGGAAAAGGGAAAGAAAGUCCUAGGGGAGGUCGGGAAGGGAAAUAAUCCUAAAAAACACCGGGACCCCCUGAGAGACACCGGGACCCUCCUGGGACACCGGGAUCCCCCUGCGGGACUCGGGGACCUUCCCGGGACGCCGGGACCCUCCCGGGACAUCGGGACCCCCCCGGGACUCCUAUGA